AUGGAAUCAUCUGGUAGAAUGAUGAUGGUAACAUCUGAAGGCGGAAUCGAAUAAUAAGUACUGUAGUCUAGAUACAGUAUACAAAUAGGUUGAUUUUAUAUAUCCAGUGUGGGUAGGAUUCUAGGGUUCUGAAAAAAUUUUUUGAAUAUUUUUCCGCAAUAGCUUUUUUUUUCAACUUACCUCAGCUGAUGAGUACUGUAAUUUAGAUACAGUAUUGUGAUUUUGGUAUUUUUCAUUGACUAGUUGUUGUUCGAUUAAAUAUCUAUAAGCACGUUUUGUAUGUGUGUUUUUCAGUUUAGCUCUGGAAAAAUUGGAUUUAUUUUUCAUAAUUUUUCUGAGUUCUUAACUUACCUUAUUUAUUUUCAGCUUUUUCAAAAGACAUCAAAUAUUUGAUAAACUACAGCUUUUAGAUAAAUAUUGGGAAGAUUACUGUAGUCUAGAUACAGUUUUUAUAGGCUGACAAUGUUUUUCUUGAAAUCUUCUUGGUCUAUUGAUAGGAAUCCUUUUUCAUCUUGUUGGUCUGUAAAAAUAUUUUUUUUGAAAAAUUUUUUUGGGAUUUUCAACUUACCCAAUAUAAAAAGGCCAGAUUGUUUUCUGUGUUUUUGAUCUCUGAAAAAAAAAGUUUAAAGAAAAUUUUCAUUUUUUAAACCUAACCGUUUUCAUACUUAUACAUGGUAGUGAUCUUCAUCAUAUUUCUAGGCUAAUUCUGUGAGAUAAUUGAAUUUUUGGAAGAUUACUGUAGUCUAGAUACAGUAUUGACAAGUUUGAAUAUAUUUAGAGAAAAAAGAAUAUUCAUGAUAUAAUUAUGAGCAAAACUGGGCUCCUUAUAAAGAAAGUGGGCGUGGCCUAAUUUGCCCCGCCUUCUUACCGGGUACUUGAAGGAAUAUGGGAAAAUUUGCCGAUUUUGGGAAGAAUUUUAGACAUGUGCCUGGAAUUGAUGUGUUUUUGAAAGGGUGUGAAGAGUUUGAAAAUGCGGGAGAUCUUUUGAUUUGAGCGGCUUUGGAAGAUGGGAAUUUGGGAAGAUUUUUUUUGAAAAAAAUGAAAUUCAUUGAAAUUUUUAAUUUUCAGAUUCCUUAAAAAAAUUUCUGAAAAUUGAAGUUACUCGGAAUUUUGAGCUCAAAAAUUUAAUUUGAAAUUAAAAUAUUGAAACAUCUGAAAAAUGGCCCAAAACUCAUAUUUUGACACAAAAAACGGCCGAAAAUUGAAAAUCCUAAAAAAUUUCCUCUAUUAUCAUUAGAGCGCACUUUCUCUACUCCUCGUUAUAGGAGAGGGAAGAUUUUUUUUUCGAAUUUUUCUGCCAAAUUUUAAAUUUGAUUUUUUUUUCAACAAUAAUUGUUGUAAUUAAAAUUUUGAGCUCAAAAUUUCGAGUUUUGUUAUCCAAAAGAUUUUUCAAAACCAAAACCACAAUUUGUUUUCGAAAAAUUUCAAUUUUUUUACAGGAAAUCAUCUUUGAUCUACUAUGCGUCAACAGAACUCAAAGAUCUUUAUACGCCGAAAGAAUGAACAUUGGCAUCCGCGCUCUAAUGGUAAUCGCAGACGGUUUACAACAGAAGGAUGAUCCACCAGCAAUGCCGAAAUCAAUGGGACCAUUAGCCAGUGGAACUGUUCAUAAAAUGCGCAAAAAACAAUAUAUCACAAGACCACUAACUGCAGAAAUAUCAAAAACAAUUGGAAUCGAUCAAUUCUAUCCGCAAUGCCGCAAAGCUUUUGAUAAUAUUCUGCGAAUUCUUGACACACAAAUUGGCAAACCUUUGAUGAUGUCAACUGUGCAAAGUAGAGGAAAAGAACCCGAAGAAUUGAUAUCUGGAGAUGCGAAACCGAAAUUAGAUUUGUUUCGGACUUGUAUCGCAGCGAUUCCGCGAUUAUUACCAGAACCCAUGGGAUAUGUGGAACUUAUUGAUAUCUUGACAAGAUUGACUGUUCAUAUUGAUGAGGAAUUGAGGAAUAUGUCGGGACUGACGUUGCAAACAAUUAUUGGAGAGUUUUGCGAGUGGAGAGAGCAGGUUUUUGUUGCGCAGCUCUCGCUGAUUCAGACACAGAUUUCGGAUUUUUACCCGCAAGUUUUGGAUGAUUCGCUGAGGUUGUUGUUGCAAUUGUUGACGACGUGGAAAGCGGCGAUUGUUGUGGAGAAGAAGCGGUGAGUAGUUUAGAAAUAUUUGAAAAAAAUCAGAUUUUUAAUGAUUUUUAACUUGAAAAUUGUGUAAUUUUGGUCUGAGAUUAUGAAAAUUGAAUUUUUCAUCAAUUUUUCAAUUGAAAACUUUAUUUUUUCGCCUCAGGAGCAGGAAAAUUGGAUUUUGAAUGAUUUUUAACUUGAAAAUCGUCUAAUUUUGGUCUGAGAUCAUGAAAAUUGAAUUUUUGGUAAAAAAUUUGUGAUUUUUUGCCAGAAAAUGAAUUUUCAUGAAUUUUUCAAUUGAAAACUUUUAAUUUUUCGCCUCAGGAGCAGGAAAAUUGGAUUUUUAAUGAUUUUUAACUUGAAAAUUGAAUUUUUGGUCAAAAUUUGUGAUUAUCCGGUCCAGUAAUAUAAUUUUUCAUGAUUUUUCAAUUGAAAAAUUUAUUUUUUCGCCUCAGGAGCAGGAAAAUCAGAUUUUUAAUGAUUUUUAACUUGAAAAUUGUGUCAUUUUGGUCUGAGAUUAUGGAAAUUGAAUUUUUAGUUGAAAAUUGUGAUUUUUCGCAAGGAAAUUGAAUUUUUCAUGAUUUUUCAGUAGAAAACUUCAUUUUUCGCCUCAGGAGCAGGAAAAUUGAAUUUUUAACUUGAAAAUUGGAUUUUUGGUCAAAAUUUGUGAUUAUCCGGUCCAGUAAUAUAAUUUUUCAUGAUUUUUCAAUUGAAAACUAUAAUUUUUCGCCUCAGCAGCAGGAAAAUCAGAUUUUUGGUGAUUUUUAACUGAAAAAUUGUGUAAAUUUGACCUGAGAUAGAAUUUUUGGUCAAAAUUUGUGAUUUUUCGCAAGGAAAUUGAAUUUUUCAUGAUUUUUCAAUUGAAAAAUUUAUUUUUUCGCCUCAAAAGCUGGAAAAUCAGAUUUUUAGUGAUUUUUAACUUGAAAAUCGUGCAAAUUUGGCCUGAGAUUAUGAAAAUUGAAUUUUUGGUAAAAAAUUUGUGAUUUUUCGCAAGGAAAUUGAAUUUUUCAUGAAUUUUUCAAUUGAAAACUUUAUUUUUUUGCCUCAGGAGCAGGAAAAUUGAAUUUUUAAUGAUUUUUAACUAGAAAAUUGUGUAAAUUUGGUCUGAAAUCAUGAAAAAGGUGAUUUUCUGGUUCGGGACCACGAAAACUGGGUUUUUCAUAUAUUUUCGGCAUUGCGUGGUUCUAAAAUGAAAAAUUUUGCAAUUUUUCAUCUAGAACCACGAAAAUUGCACUUUUAAUGGUUUUUUGAUUUUAAAUUCGAAUUUCCCGGUCAAAUUUUUGGUCUGGGACCACAAAAAUCGGAUUUUUCAAUUUUUAAUCCAAUUUCUGAAGUUGCGGUUCUGAAAUUUGAAAAUGAACAGAUCUAGCUCUAAAUUUUCAAAUUUUACCACUUACAAAUGAUAACUCAUAUUAGAAGUUAACUCAUAUUAGAAGUAUUACGCCUCUUAUUUUUUCCAGAGCCGAAUCCGCACCAUCAGCCCAACUUAGCCCAAUUCAAUCGCAUCAACGAAGUGCCACGUCACCGAAUACCGUAUCCUCGGUCACAAGUAGUAUUCUAUCCGGAACCGCCUCUUCUCUUUGCUCAUUGCCCGAGGAGAGUUGUUCGAUAAGUGGUGGAAGUAUGGGAGGAGGAGGUGGAACGAGUAGUGCAGGAACACCCACGAAUUCGAGCUCGCAAUUGAAUACACCGCAGAGUAAAGCGGAUUUGAGGUACGGUGGGGAAUUUUCUGAAAUUCUAGAUUUAGAACUUCAAAAUCUAGAAAAACAAUUUUGAAAAAAAAAUCAAAAUGAGCCUGAAAUGUUCUAGAAAUCCAAAAAUCCACGUGGCACAAUUUUCUGAAAAAAAUUCAAAUGAGCCUGAAAAAUUCAAGAAAUCUGAGCUUAAAUUGGGCUCAAAAUGCUCCAAAAAAAAUCCACGUGGCAUAAAUUUUCUGAAAAAAAGUUCAAAUUGAGAUUGGAAAAUUCUAGAAGUCUGAGCCUAAAUUAAGCCUAGGACUAGUCAUAUUCGGGCUCAAAAUGAUCCAAAAUUUUUGAAAAAAAAUCCACGUGGCAAAAUUUUGUCUGAAAAUUCAAAUUGAGCCUGAAAAAUUCUGAAAUUCUAGAUUUACAACUUUAAAAUCUAGAAAAUAAUUUUGAAAAUAAUCCACGUGGCAAAAGAUUGUAUGAAAAUGAUUGAAAUUGAGCCUGAAAUGUUCUAGAAAUCCAAAAAUCCACGUGGUAAAAUUAUCUGAAAAAAAUUUCAAAUUGAGCCUGAAAAUUUCUAGAAGUCUGAGCCUAAAUUAAGCAUAGGACUAGUCAUUUUUGGGCUCAAAAUGCUCCAAAAAAUCCACGUGGCACAAUUUUAAGUGAAAAAUUUAAGUUGAGAUUAAAAAAUUCUAGAAAUUCUAGGUCUACAACUUGGAAAACCUGAAAUUUGGACCAAAAUUAAGCCUAAACUAUGAGCUUAGUCAUAUUUGGGCUCAAAAUGCUCCAAAAUUUUUGAAAAAAAAAACCCACGUGGCAAAAUUUUCUGAAAAAAAUUCCAAAUGAGCCUGAAAAAUUCCAGAAAUCUGGUCUAAGCCUAGUCAUAUUUAGACUCAAAAUGAUCCAAAAAAAUCCACGUGGCACAAUUUUCUGAAAAAAAAGAGUUCAAAUUUAGAUUGAAAAUUUCUGGAAAUCUGGUCUAAGCCUAGUCAUAUUCGGGCUCAAAAUGCUCCAAAAAUGCUCCAAAACCAUCAGAUCCUUUUCAUUUUCCAGCUCAAAUUCUGGCGGAGGUGGACUUGUUCAUGUCUUACACUCAAUCGAAGGUCUCGCCAUUGUCUAUUUGUGUCAAACCCGUUCCCAGCCCAAAAAACUCGCGAUUUCUCUCCUCAAAGAAGUCAAAAUCAUCUUCGACUUAUUGCAACUCGAAAAUUCCAACUCCGCACCGCCGGAUCAACCUGUAAUUACAGUACUCGAUCAAGCGACUCCCUAUGUUGUCAGAAAAUAUAUUGAACAUGUUCCUUUAAAGGAGCGAAUGUCGUGGAAUAUGGAUUUUGCGUCGGUUUGCGAGAAAAUUUCGACAAUUGAAACUGAUAAUACUCUGGUGAAUAGUGAUCGGGGAAAUGAGUAUUUUCAAUGGGAUCCGUGGGGUUGUGCACUCAGUGGAUAUGCGGAGAUGAGGCAUUUGUUGAAGAGAUGUCCGAUGGCUGUGGCGGCUGCGUGGCCUAUUUUAUUUGCCAGAUUGAAUGCGGUGUCGGGAUAUGUUGAUCCAAAGUAGGGGAGGGUUUUGGGGGGGGGGGAAUUUUGUUUGGAAAUCGAAAAAUCUAUUAUUUUUAUCCAAAAUCUAUGAUUUUUCUUCAAUUUUCAUUUAAAAAUGCGAUUUUUCGAAUUGGAACAGCCAAAAGUAUCAAAAAUUUCAAUUUCGCCACAAAUUUUGAGUCAUUGAAAUUGUGAUUUUUCAAUUGAAAACUUUAAUUUUUUGCCCCAGGAGCAGGAAAAUCAGAUUUUUAAUGAUUUUUAACUUGAAAAUUGUGUAAUUUUGGUCUGAGAUUAUGGAAAUUGGAUUUUUAGUUGAAAAUUGUGAUUAUCCGCAAGGAAAUUGAAUUUUUCAUGAUUUUUCAAUUGAAAACUUUAUUUUUUUGCCUCAGGAGCUGGAAAAUUGGAUUUUUGAUGAUUUUAACUUGAAAAUCGUCUAAUUUUGGUCUGGGACCAUGAAAAUUGGAUUUUUGGCCAAUAUUUGUGAAUUUUUCAUGAUUUUUUUAUUAAAAAUGCGAUUUUUCGAAUUGGAACACCCAAAAGUAUCGAAAAUUUCAAAUUCGCCCUAAAUUUUGGAUCUGGGACCAGUUUUUCUCAUUUUAAACUAGGAAAUUGUGUAAUUUUGGUCUGAGAUUAUGAAAAUUGGAUUUUUGGAGGUUUUUUAGUCAAAACUUGUAAUUUUUCGAUUCGGGACCACCAUACGUCGCAUACCCUCGUUUCAAAUCCACCAGUGCACACCCCUGUGUUUGAAAAUUUUUGGCAAAAGGGAUAACCCCCCCCCUUUUCCUUUUUCAUUUUCAGCUAAAUAAACUUGACAAUCUAAAUUUUUUAUAAACUUUUAGCUCAAAAUUGCUUCACUUCGGCAAAUAUUCUCAUCUUCUCCGCUUUUGAGUCGAAUUUCGAUUCAAAAAUUCAAAUUUUUCAAAAACAAAAAAAAAAUACGUUUCAAAAUUUUGAUAUAAUUUAUUAUCAAUUUUUUUUCAAUGCUCCCACCUUUAACCCUAAACCUACCUAAUUGACCCUAAAUGAUAAAUCCUAUGACAAUAAAUCAAAACCAAAAUUCUCAAAAUUUGGAUGAAAAUGUUGAAAUUAUCGAUUUUUGAAUCAAAAUUCGUGGAAAUUUUAAUCACUCCAAAUAAGUGUUAGAGUAAAAAGCUUAGAAAAUUUCUUCAAAAUGCUUUCUCAAGUGACAUCCCCUUCCAAAAACUGGGGUGAGUGAUAACCCCUCCUCGGGUCGAUUACCCCACGCAUGCGACGUAUGGGGACCACGAAAAUUGGAUUUUUGGUAAAUUUUCGGAUCACCGUGAUUUUAAAAUGAAAAAUCUUGCAAUUUUUUCAUGUAGAACCACGAAAAUUGGAUUUUUGGAUGAUUUUUAAUUUUUAAAUUCAAAUUUCGCGCAAAAUUUUGGGUCUGGGAUCAUGAAAAUUGGGUUUUUGGUCAAAAAUUUGUGAAUUUCUGCAUUGGGACCACAAAAAUUGAAUUUUUCAUAAUUUUGAAAUUGAAAACGUUAGUUUUUGCUCUGGAGCAGAAAAAUUUAAUUUUAAAAUAAAAAAUUAUGCAAAAAAAUGUCACGUGAAACGUGAAAAUUUUUCAUUUUUUCUCAUUUGCAACAAAAAUUACCACAUCAUUUCUCAUUUUUCCAGCAAUCCGCAAAAUGAAAGUCGUUCUUCACUUCUCCGCGGAUCGAAAAGCAAAGGAACCUCAUCGAUUUUUGGCGAACAACUCGGACACGAAGCAUGUUUGGCACUUUGGCAGAAAUAUCUGAUAAUGUGUUGUGCACUGGCACCGGCACCUUAUAAUUUGUCGCAGCGCAGUUUUAGCCCGACGAAUUCGUGAGUUAUCGGGGGAACUUUUUUUCAGGGGAAAUUGAUUUUUUAAAAAAUUUUCACUCUGAAGUUUGCUAUCUGAAUUUUAGUUAAGAAAAAUAUUUUUGGAAAAAUGUUUUUGGAAAACCCGAAUUUUACGCUGAAAAUUUAAAAUUUCCAGUAAAAAAUUCAAAAAGCCGACUUUUGAGCUCAUAAAUAUGAAUUUUAAAAAAUUUGGGAGCUUGAAUUGUUGAGCAAAAACUUUUGGCUGAAAAAAAAUUUCAAGUUUCAGAUAAAUUUUUGAUUUGAAAUUUUGCUCAAAAAUAAAAUUUUUGGAAUCUAAAACAUUUUUCAGAAUUGUUAUGAAAAAAAAAAUUUUUUGAGAAAAACUGAAAAUUUCUAAUUUCUAAUUUUGAAACCCGAAUUUUGAGCUCAUAAAUAUGAAUUUUAAAAAAUUUGGGAGCUUGAAUUUUUGAGCAAAAACUUUUGGCUGCACAUUUGAGCUCAAUUUUGGAAAAAAAUUCAAGUUUCUGAUGAAUUUUCGAUUGAAAACUGAAAUUUGGAUCAAAAAUUCCACUCUGCAGUUUGUUAUCAAAAUUCUAGUUCAGAAUCUUUGGUUUUCUGAUUUUUUGAAAAAAAUUGUUUCAUAAAAACACCCUAAUUUUGAGCUCAGAAAUUGAGCCCCAAAAAAUUUGGCUCUAUGAGCUCCUAGAAUUUUUAGAGCAAAGUUUCCCUCUCCUCUUAAAACCCCCGAUUUUUGCAGCCUCGACGGACCAUCGGAUGUUUUUCGCUCCGUAUCCGCUUCACUGCGAAGUUCAAGAACCCCGGUGCCCAACUCAUUAUCGCAAUUAAUAUCAAAAGCUUGCACAAUUUUGAGAUGGGAAAAUCUGACGGAUAUUCGAGAUAGUGUUGUGCUCGGAGUUGGCUCGAUAAAUCCACUGGUAUUCGAGAUGCUUUUGGAUGAAUUGAAAUCGAAUGGGAUUUUGAGAGAGGCGACGGAGAAGAAGGCGGAGACGAAUUUGAGAAGACGGAAACGCAAGGAUUUGCUACGUCUUCAGAUUAUUAGAAUUAUUGAGAUUGCGGUGUUUCGCGGGCUUUUGAUGGUUUCGUCGACGUCGAAUUCGAACUCAAAUCCAGAAUACACGUUGAAUCCGCUGAUUGUGGAGUUUAUUGAUUCGAUGCGAAUAAAUUUGGAAAAUGAUCAUGAUCGCGAUAUAAAUGUGGUGACGAAGUUGCGGUUGCAUUUUGCCAAAUUGAUUCAUUUGAUCAUUGAUGCCACGCCACAUUUGGCUAGACAUUGUGAGGAUUUUUGGGCGAAAAUUAUAGACUUUUUUGGACCCCUCAAAUUUGAGGUCCAUUCUAUAUUUUAAAAAUUAAAAAAUUCAUAAAAAAUGAAUUUUUCAUUCUGAAAUUCUUGAUUUUUGAUAGAAGUUCGAGAAUUUUUUUGGAAAAAUUUGAAAAAUUGAAUCUGAAAGGAAUUGGAAAAAAAAAGGAAAAAUUUGAAAAAUUGAAUCUGAAAGGAAUUUUUUCGAAAUUUUGAUUGAAAAUUGUGCUUUUUCAUCUAGAUUUUUUGGACCCCUUAAAUUUGAGCUCCAUUUUAUAUUUUGAAAAUUUAAAAAAAUCCCUGAAAAUCGUCUAUUUCAUCCUGAAGUUUCUAAUUUUUGACAGAUUUCAUAGAAUUUUGUGGAAAAAUAUUUGAAAAAUUGAAUCUGAAAGGAAUUUAUUUGAAAUUUCAAUGAAAUUGAUUUUUCAGAGAAUUUAUUUACAAAAAAAUAGGCUUGUCGAUAAUUUACAAAAAAAAUAUUUUUCCAAACCCCAAAAAUUUUCUCUGUUUCAAAAUUUCUCAAUAAUCUUUCUGGUAAUGUUUGAGCUAGUGCAAGAGGGAAAUUGGAUAAUUUCAAAUUUUUGAUUAAUUUUUAAUUUUUUUUUUGAAAAAACUGUAAUUUUAAGUGAUUUUUCCCUAAUAAUCAACUGCUCCAAAAAAUUCACUGAAAAUUUUUCACUCAAAAAAUAUUUUUCCAAACUCCAAAAAUGUUCACUGUUUCAAAAUUUCUCAAUAAUAUUUCUGGUAAUUUUUGAGCUAGUGAAACAGGGAAUGUCGAUAAUUUCAAUUUUUAAUUAAUUUUUAAUUUUUUUUUUUUGAAAAAAUUGUAAUUUUAAGUGAUUUUUCCCUAAUAAUCAACUGCUCCAAAAAAUUCACUGAAAAUUUUUCACUCAAAAAAUAUUUUUCCAAACUCCAAAAAUGUUCACUGUUUCAAAAUUUCUCAAUAAUAUUUCUGGUAAUUUUUGAGCUAGUGAAACAGGGAAUGUCGAUAAUUUCAAUUUUUAAUUAAUUUUUAAUUUUUUUUUUUGAAAAAAUUGUAAUUUUAAGUGAUUUUUCCCUAAUAAUCAACUGCUCCAAAAAAUUCACUGAAAAUUUUUCACUCAAAAAAUAUUUUUCCAAACUCCAAAAAUGUUCACUGUUUCAAAAUUUCUCAAUAAUAUUUCUGGUAAUUUUUGAGCUAGUGAAACAGGGAAUGUCGAUAAUUUCAAUUUUUAAUUAAUUUUUAAUUUUUUUUUUGAAAAAAUUGUAAUUUUAAGUGAUUUUUCCCCUAAUAAUCAACUUCUUCACAAAAAAUAUUUUUCCAAACCCCAAAAAUUUUCACUGUUUCAAAAUUGCUCAAUAAUCUUUCUGGUAAUUUUUGAGCUAGUGCUACAGUGAAAUUCGAUAAUUUCAAUUUUUGAUUAAUUUUUAAUUUAUUUUUUGAAAAAAACUGUAGUUUUAAGUGAUAUUUCCCUAAUAAUCUGAAAAUUUAAAAAAAAAAAUAUUUUUCCAAACCCCAAAAAUUUUACGUUUCAAAAAAUUCCCAAAUAUUUGUUGGGAUCUAUACAAAUUUGCUGGGGUGUAAAGCUAUUAACCAAAAAAAACUGACCGUAGACAAAUGCACAAAUGGAUGAUCAGCCGGUGCUUCAGAUUGUGUCUUCGAUAUUUGUGGCAGAAAAUUUAUUUUGUUUUAAACCUGAACCUAAAUUAAUAAUAAUAAUAAUAAUAGUUUAUUCAUAAAACAUAGUUAUUUGACCCGAGCUCGUACCCGAAAAAAAAAAAAAAUUAUUAUUUUUGCAGCACUUUUCAACGAGGAACGCCGUCAAAAUUUGUUCUAUCUAUUUAUUGGAUGGUGUUCGCGCGCUAUUGCCGCUGAUCGAAAAUAUCGAGAUCGAGAAGUUGGAUCGUAUGUGGAGCAGAAAUCUGUGCUAGCAAUGACUCGAAUCCUUUGCUGUGGACCCAUUUUUGAACCGGCGAAAUCGAUUGGAGAAGAUGGAAGUUUGUAUGGAUGGCUGGAGAAAUUGAUUGUGUCCACUAAUCCGAUUGUGAGUUUCAAAAUUCUCACGAAAAAAUUCGGGGGAAAAAUACGUUUCAAAAAUACGUGUUUUCGAAAAUUUUGAUUUUUAUAUUUAAUUCGGGCCAUAUUUGUUCCAAGCCUAUAAUUUUUAUUUAAAAAAAAGUGAAUCUGAAAAUCUGAAAAUUACUCUGGAUAGAAAUUUUGAAAUUUUCUCUCGCGAAAUUUGUUUUCAUCCGAAAAUUCUUGAUUUCAGACUGAAAUUUUCAGUUGAGAAAAAAUGAUUUGAAAAAACUCCGAAAAAUACGUUUCAAAAAAAUUAUUUUUGAAAAUUUUGGUUCUUAUAUUCAAUAAUUUUAGGGCCUCAUACAAAUUUAUAUUUUCUAUGGUUUCUAAAAUUCCUAAAAAUUUUAAAAUUCAAAUUAUUCAUUUUUUUUCUGCAGAAAAUUCUAAAUCUUCUAAUAUGAAAAUUACUGUAGACAGAAAAUUUUGGAAUUCAAAAAAAAUUUUCUUUCGCGAAAUUUUUUUCAUCCAAAAAUUCUUGAUUUCAGAAUCAGCUAAGAAAAAAUUAUUUUUGAAAAUUUUUGGUUUUCAUAUUCAAUAAUUCCAGGGUUUCAUAUUGAUUUUCAGCCAAAUCUUAAAAUUCAAAAAAAUAUUCAUUUUUUUCUUCUGCAGAUGCAAUCAGAAGUUGAAGAAAUGUUGGCGUGGAUGCUUGAACUCAAUGAAUCUGGAUAUCUAUUGGACUGGCUUAUGAUGCAAUGCUACACGCAAUCCUCGUCAGUCGCUUGCCGCUGUUUCCGCGCGUUGGUUCGCGUUUUUUCGCGACGCGAUUUUCCGUGCGAAUUUGUGUCGCUGUUCGUUUUGUGUCAAUCGAUGUUGGCGGUGGCGUCGGUCACCGAUUGUGCACUUCAUAUGAUUGAGAUUUUGAGGAAACAGUUUUUGGAUACGUGGGUUUUUUAUGGAGCUAAAUUGAAAAUUUAAAAAUUUUGGUGCUAGAUGGAUUUGUUGGCACAAAUUUGUGUAUUUCAGAAAUUCGCUCGAAAAUUUCAAAUUCUGAAAAUUUUUAAGCUAAACUCCACGUAAAAUUAUGAAGUUUUGAAAAAUUUGGAGCUGAAAAUCCACGUGGGAACAUAAAAUUUUGAAAAAUUUAGGAUUGAAAAUUUUUGCCACGUGGCAAAAAAAUCAAUAACUUUCUGAAAAUCUGAAUUUUUUCUGUGUUGAAUAUUGUGGCUGAAAUGAAAAAUUAACCAAACUUUAUAAUUUUGGAGCUGAAAAUCCACGUGGGAACUUUAAAUGUUCAAAAAAAUUUGGCGCGAAAAAAUUCCACGUCGAUUCAUUGGCUCAAAAUUACGUAUUUCAAAAAUUCACACGAAAUUUUGAGUUUUCAAAUUUUGAAAAUCUUGGAGCUUGAAAUCCACCUGGAAAUUUAAUAAUUCAAAUAUUUUAGAAUUGAAAAUCCACGUGGGAACUUGAAAUUUUCAAAAAAAUUUGGCGCGAAAAAAUUCCACGUCGAUUCAAUUCAAAAAUGCACACGAAAUUCUGAGUUUUCAAAUUCUGAAAAUUUAGGCGCCGAAAAAUCCCAUGUGAAAUUCAAAAUUUCAAAAAAUUUUACCUGAAGCAGCUAUAAAAAUGCCACGUGGCAGAAAAAUCGAUAACUGAAUUUUUUCUGUGUUGAAUAUUGUGGCUGAAAUGAAAAAUUAACCAAACUUUAUAAUUUUGGAGCUGAAAAUCCACAUGAAAAUUUCAAAUUCUGAAAAAUUUUUCUUAAUUAAAAAAAAAUUUAACGUGGGAACGUAAAAUUUUAAAAAUUCAGGUACCAAAAUUGCCACGUGGCAGAAAAAUCAAUAAUUUUCUGAAAAUCUGAAUUUUUUGUGUUGAUUAUUGUGACUGAAAUAAAAAAUUAACCAAACUUUAUAAUUUUGGAGCUGAAAAUCCACGUGGAAAUUUGAAAUUUUGAAACUUUUGGAGCUUGAAAUCCACCUGGAAAUUUAAUAAUUGCAAAUAUUUUAGGACUGAAAAUCCACGUGGAAAUUUGAAAAUUAUCAAAUUUCUUUUUUCAAAAAUUUAGAGCACUAAAAAUUGCUGAAAUUAUGAAGUUGUCGAAAAUUUGAAAAAUUCGAAGUACUAAAAUUGCCACGUGGCAAUGAGUUUCUGAAAAUCGGAAUUUUUUGUGAAUAUUGUGCCUGAAAUGAACAAUUAGCCUAGCUUCAUAAUUUUGAGACUGAAUAUCCACGUGGCACUUUUGAAUUAUAAAAAUUCCACGUGUUUUCCAGACAAUCCACAUCACCUGGAAAUGUUCAAAUGCGAAAAACCAACGAUAUUGUUACACCGCCUUUUGGUCACGUUUUCCCAAUUGAACAACAAGAUGUUUGUACGAGAUUGGCGAAUGCUUAUCCACAUUUGACUGUCACGAUUUUUAGUGGUAAGAUUUCCCUGACCCUCGAAAAUAUCUGGAAGAUAUCUGAAAAUUCCAGAAGUCUCAUAUCGCCUCGAAACUGCAAAUUGUUCCAACAAGGCUCAUCUUCUUGGACUCUUGAAACCGUGGAUUUCAAAUCUGGAAUUAGUUGAUUCGAAUGUUUCGGAAGAAGCUGAAGGUCCACGUGGAUGGGGAUCUGAAGAGGCGACUCAAUUGGUUCUGAAUAAUCUUCUCUAUCUCACCACAAUUUUAUCGAUUGAUUAUGAGAAAGAGUUGGCGGAACUCUGGAAAUCGCUAGCUAUUUCGUUUCCCGCAAAUCUUCCCACAAUUUUGAAUUUCUUUUAUACUACAACAUUGCUAUCACAGGAUGCUUUGUUACCGGUGACGAAAAGGAUUUGUGUGUUGAUAUCGAGAGUUGUUGGAACUCGAACAUCGGCGAUUUUGUUGGAAUGGUUGAGCACGGUUCAUGAUACGUCGAGGAUUCUACUCGAGAGAUCGGAGAUUCCGCCGUAUUAUCGAUGGAGAGAUGAAUCGAAAGAGUUGUCGACGUCACAAGCGCCGCCGCGAGAUGUUUCGAUUGAGAAGGAGGAGGAGACGUCGAAGGAUGGAGUGAGGUUGUUGCCGAUGCCGGCGUAUGGUGGACAUUAUUCACCGUUGAGUCAAUUCUUGCCGCCGGUUACGCAGAGUGUACAGUUUUAUACGAAGUGAGUGAUCAAACUAGACUCUAGUUUAGCAAAAAAAUUUUAAACUAGACUUUAGUUUUAUGAGAGCUUCUAAAAAUUUGAAAAAUUUUGAAAUUUUUGAAGAAUCAGAAUAUUUUCUGAACCUGUAAAUUAUACGCUUCAAAAUUUGGCAUUCAAAAAUCAAAAAUUAUUCCAAUUUGAAAAUUAACCGAGAGUUGAGUUAGGACAAUUUUCUGUAAAAUCUAUCAAAUAUAGAGUUCGAUCAAACUACACUCUAGUCACUAAUUUUUGGCGCCAAAAAUGCAAAACUCUAGGAUUUUCAGAAGCUGGAAUUUUGGAAUCCAUUAUCAGAUCUGAAACUGAAUUCAAAAAAGUUCACUCGAAUUUUUGGGAAUUUUUAUUUCACAAAAUUUGAGCCGAAACCGUCUAAAAAUAUCAAAAUUCACUGAAAUUCUCUGAAUUUUCAGCUAGAAAUUACGAAAAUUCGAUAAAAUUUUGAAAAAUCAACAAUUUUCCGAAUUUUUUUCUGAAACUGUAAAUUAUAGGUUUCAAAAAAAAUCUAGGCUGAAAAUUUUCUUUUUUUUUUGGAUUUUUGAUAUUUUUAGACAAUGAAAAUUGAGAGAUUUUAAAAUUGACCUGAAUUUUUGCAAAUUUCCGAAUUUUUUUCUGAAACUGUAAAUUAUAGGUUACAAAAUUUAGCCUUCAAAUAUCAAAAUUCACCGGGAUUUGAGUUAGGAUGAGCCAAUUUUUUUCGCAAUUUUCACGCGCAAAAAAUACGUUUCAGAAUAUUCUGAUAUUAUGUGUUUUUUUUACAAAAUUUUGGUAAUUCUCCCAGCUAUUUAAAAAAAAUAAACUGACAUUUUGAAUUUUAGAAAGCUGAAAAGGUAUUUUUAGCGCCAGAAAAUUAGAACUUAUGUGAAUUUUUUGAUAAAAUUCUAAAUUCAGACUUGAAAAUUCUGAUGAAAUAUUUUGCAAUGAUUAAAUUUUUGUUAAAAAUUCAAAUUUAAACUAAACGUUUUUUACCCUGGGAUUUAGUUAAUAAAAAUCGCAAAAAAAUAUUUCAAUUUUUUUGCAGAAGUGAAGUUGGACUUCUUCUAAUCUGUGAUAUAAUUCGAACAACAAAUACAGUAGAUUGGACUGAUUCCAUCGCAGCUCUUCUAUUUCAUUCGGGAAUUCUUCGCCUUGAUUCACUUCGCCCGAUUCUUUGUCGACAUUCUCGACAAACUAUCAUCAAUGUCAUCAUGUUGUUUGUCGAUAAAUCAUAUUUGCCACAAAUUUCGACGAUUUUACUCAAAAAUGAGAUGACCAAUACCAAUAAUUUGGGAGAAAAUGAGAGGAAUAAUAAUAUGAGCAAUGCGGAAGAAAUGAGAGGAGAAUCGCCGAGUUUUGCCAAAGAGGAAUAUCGAAAAAUGAUGCGGCAACAGCCGUCGAUUUUUACGAAACAAGAGGAUUUGUUGAGUGUGCUGAUGUUUGGAUUGAGUGAGAAGUGAGCUUUUGGGCUGAAAAUUACGAGUUUCAGCAAAAUUUUGAAAUUUUGUAUUAUUUCUUGACUGGAAAAAUUACAAAAUUGGUAAUAAAUUCCGAAAAUCUGAACAAAAAAUUGCAGAAUUUUUCAGAUUUUCUAUAGCUUUUCAUUAAAAAAAUGCGAAAAGCCCAAAAAAUUCUGGAAAUUUGGCUUAAAAAUGCUGAAAAAUGAGGUUUUGAGUGGAAAAUACUGAAAAUUUUAAAUUUUAAAUUACUGAAAUUUUUUUUUUUGAAAAACUUUUGAACUUUGAAAAUUCAUGAAAAGAAAAUUUUAAAAAUUAAGCCCGAAAAAAAAUAUGCUGAAAAAUUGUGUCUGGAAAUUUUCCGCCUAAAAAUCCACGUGGCUGAAAAUUUGAAAUUGCAAAAUGUUGAUGAAAAAAAUCUCGAACAUUUUUUUUUUGGAAAUCUGAAAUUUUGAGGUCCAAAAAUCCACGUGGUUGAAAAUUUGGCUCGAAAUUUUUGCAGAAAUUUGAAAAAUUGAGUUCUAAACUUUGUUUUGGACAAAAAAUUUCAGCAAUUUUUAGCCACUAUUUCAGAUUUUCUAGAAUUUUUUAUCAAAAAUGCGAAAAUUCUGGAAAUUUGGCUUGAAAAUGCUGAAAAUUUUAUAUCACUGAAUUUUUUUUUUGAAAAACUUUUGAACUUUGAAAAAAAAUUGAAUUAAAAAAAAAUUUAGCCCCAGAAAAAUAUACUGAAAAAUUGUCUAGAAAUUUUUCGCCUCAAAAUCCACGUGGCUGAAAAUUGUGAGCAUUUUUUGGGAUUUUGAGGAAAAUUGAAUUUCCUACCCAAAAAUCCUUUUUUUCUGCUGAAAAUUCAGAUUUCAGCAAAGUUUUCAUUAUUUUUUGACUCGAAAAAUUACAAAAUUCGUAAUAAAUUCCAAAAAUCUCAAAAAAAUUCAUACAUUUUUUGAAACGAAUGAAAAACAGGCUCAUUUUUUGAACAAAAAAUUUCAGCAAUUUUUUGACUGAAAAUGAACAAUUGUUAGCCAAAAUUUCAGAUUUUCUAUAACUUUUUAUCGAAAAUGCGAAAAUUCUGGAAAUUUGGCUUAAAAAAUGCUGAAAUUUGAGCUGGUUUUUUGAUUUCAUGAAAAUUGAGAAUCUCAAAUUUUAAAUCACUGAUUUUUUUUUUGAAAAACUUUUGAACUUUGAGAAAAAAUUGAAUUUCCUAGCCAAAAAUAUUAUUUUUUUUGCUGCUGAAAAUUCAUAUAUUUCAGCAAAAUUUUCAUUUUUUUGACUAGACAACAUCAUUAAUAAAUUCAUUCAUAAAUUCUCAACAUUAUUAAUAAAUUCCAAAAAUCUCAAAAAAAUUCAUACAUUUUUUGAAACGUAUGAAAAACAGGCUCAUUUUUUGAACAAAGAAUUUCAUCAAUUUUUUGACUGAAAAUGAACAAUUGUUAGCCAAAAUUUCAGAUUUUCUAGAACUUUUUAUCAAAAAAGCGAAAAUUCUGAAAAUUUGGCUUGAAAAUGCUGAAAAUUCGAAAAUUUUCAUCACUGAAAUUUUUUUUUUGAAAAACUUUUGAACUUUGAAAAAAAAAUUGAAUUAAAAAAAAAUUUAGCCCCAGAAAAAUAUAUGCUGAAAAAUUGUGUCUAGAAAUUUUCCGCCCAAAAAUCCACGUGGCUGAAAAUAUUCCGAAAUAUUCCGAAAAUAUUCCGGAUUUUGACCUAAAAUUAGAAUUCUGUAGAAAAAUCCCCGGAAAUCUCAAACAUUUAUUGAAAUUUGAACUUCUGAUUUCGAAAUUUUUGCAAAAAUUUGAAAAAUUGGGGUUUAGAGCUAGAAAUUUCACGUGGAAAAUAGUUUUGAUGGCUAGAAAAUUCUGAAAAUUAUAGAUUUUAAUCAGAAAAAUUUAAAGAAAAUCACGAAUUUUACAUCACUGAAAUUUUUUUGUUUUUCGAAAUUUUUUUUUUUCGAAAUUUUUUUUUUUUCGAAAUUUUUUUUUGAAAUUUUUUUUUUUUUUUGAAAAUUCAUGAAAAGUUACAGAAAAUUUCUAAUAAAUCCACGUGGCAAAAAUUGAAAAAAAAAAUUGAAUUUCAAAAAUUUAGCCCAAAAAAAAUAUGCUGAAAAAUUGUCUAGAAAUUUUCCGCCUCAAAAUCCACGUGGCUGAAAAUAUUUCGAAAUAUUCCGAAAAUAUUCCGGAUUUUGACCUAAAAUUAGAAUUCUGUAGUUUAUUCUCGGAAAUAUCAAUUGAAAUCUGAACUUCUCGAAAUUUCACGCGGAAAAUAGUUUUGAUGUCUAGAAAAUUCUGAAAAUUUAUCAAAAUUUGAAGAAAAUCGCGAGCUUCGCCAGAAAAAUCGCGAAUUUCCAGCAUCGAUACACCAAUGUGGGCAAACGAAGAUGCAAACAGUCGAAAUUGGCGUGUUCCAAGUGCCCAACAUCUCUCGUGCACAAUUCAACACAUUGUCAAAUUGUUGAUUGGCCGAAUGCCAAUGUUGGAUGUGAUUUGGACGCAACUCGCCAUGAAAAUGGCACUCUCCACAUCCCACCGACACAUUGCCGGAAGAUGUUUUCAGAUUGUUUCGGCACUCGGACAACCGCCUGGACCAUGGAUUCCAUCGCUGAUGUCGAGAUUGGUCGAGACUGCUGGUGAACAACACGAUGAGACGCAGGCAUAUGUGACGGAUUUGUUGAUUUGUUUGAUUGAUUGCUCGCCGCAAAUUUCGAUUGUGAGUUGGGUUUUGGGAAAUUUUGAAAAUUUAAAGUUUUGGGCCAUUUUCAAGCCGAAAAUAGUGAGAUUUUCUGGACCCUUUUUGAAGCUUAAAUUUUGUUUUCAGAAGAUUUAUGAAAAUUCAAAUUUUCAUUUAGCUUUGAAAUCAUAAACUCAAUCAGAAAUUGUUUUAUUCAGAUUUUUGAAAUGCAAAAUUUGAAACGUAGAUUUUUGGGUUCAGUUUUAUGAAAAAAAAAAUUCGAAAAAGUGUCUUUAAAAAAUUUUCGAAGCUGAAAAUUGAGAUUUACCGAAUCCUGAAUUUUGAAGUUCAAAUUUUGAUUCUAGGCUUUUUUUCCAGGCCAGAUUCUUUUCUCGAAAGGUUUAUGAAAAUUGAAAUUUUCAGAUAUUUUUUAGCUCUGAACUUAAAGGCUGUAAAAUCAAGAAUUGUUUUGUUCAGAUUUUUAAAAUGCAAAAUUUGAAACGUAGAUUUUCAUGAUUCAGUUUUAUGAAAAAACAAUUCAAAAAAUUAUCUCAAAAAAAAUUUCAUAAGCUGAAAAUUGAGAUUUUCGGACCUAAAAUUUUGAAAUUUGAACUAUUUAAGCUUUUCCCCAAAAACGUUAGGUUAUGAACAUGUUUACAGAUGAAGUUAAUCCAUUUUUUUUCCAGAAAAUUGAAAUUCACUGUGGGAUCAAAAAUUGAUCGUUCAGAUUUUUCAAAUGCAAAAUUUGAAACGUAUUUUUUGGGGUUCAGGAAAAUCAGAGAAUUUUUUAUUGUUCAAAGUUUUUUUUAUCAAAAAAAAUCUAGAAUAGUUUUCAAGUUUUCCUGAUCUAAAUUAAACUUCAAAAUGAAAUCUGUAGAGAAAUUUGAAAAAUUGUUUGAAAUUUCAAAAAACAUUUUUAGGCGUUGAGAAAAUUUGUGAAAAUGUAUUUAGCUUUAAAAUCCGACAUUUCAAAAAUGAGAGGAGCCAACACAAACAGAAUCAAAAAUUGUUUUGUUCAGAUUUUUCAAAUGCAAAAUUUGAAACGUAGAUUUUAGGGUUGAGGAAAAUCGGAGAAAUUUUUAUUUUUCAAGGUUUUUUUACCAAAAAAAAAAUCUAGAAUCUUUUACCAACGAAAAAAUCCAAUCCAAUUUUCCAGCCACUCACUGAAUCAAUAGAACUUCGCCAAGUUCUAUCACCAACUCAUAUGCGAUCAACUUCGUAUACACCGGCUUUGGUUCGACAAUCAAUGAUUUGUUCGAGAGUUCAACAUGUUGAUAAAAAGAGUUGGUUUUUGCCACGUCACAAGUCAUAAUUUUGAAAAAUUCUAUUAUUUUUUUGCAGAUGCUCGACUUUCGCUUCUUGUCUCCGAUCAACAAACCUCCCCUGAAACUCUAAUCCGCAGCAAAUCCGCUGAACAACUUCAAACCGACAUCGAACAACAAGAUGAAGAAACGUUGGCGAGAAUGCAGAUUUGUGCAAUUGCGAUUUCGUUGAUGGAAAGUUCGAUGGACAACGAGUUUUUGCUGGCCAUUCAAUUAUUACACCGGGUUUUGGAUGUGUCGAAAACUUUGAAAUUGCAAUGUUUGGCCAAAUUGGACAAAAUGGUUGGACAAUUGGAGUGGAAGAAUUUUAAUGGGAUUAUUUCGCUGGUUACUAGAGGUUUGCGGGGGUUUUUUUAAUGAAAUUUCAAAUUUUUUCAUCAUUUUUAACUAGAAAAAUAUUAAAUUUUUUUGUUCUCGAGUCAAAAAAAAUUCAUAAUUUUUUUCGAAAAAAAUUUGAAAAAUUUGAAGUCGCUCUUUGUUUGAAAAAAAAAAGAAUUCAGGAUUUUUUUCCAGAAUUUCAAGAUUUUCUAUUUUUAAACCACGUUUCACGAACUAUUUUCCAGAAAUCUCGAAAUUUUUAAAAAUUUCUUUCAAACUAAAAUUUUCACUGUUUCAAAAUAAUUGUCAAUAAAAAUUUGAAAUUUUGAAUUUUGAUUACAAAAUUGAUUGGUUUGUGGGAAAAAAAUAUAAAAAUAUCAAUAUUUCUAACCAAAUAACUGAAAUUCUGUAAUUUUCAUCCAAAAAUCCUUGUUUUUCAAAAAAAAAAACUUUGGAAAAAAAUUGACUGUUUCAAAAAUUUCAUAUAAUUUUUCCGAGAGAAUUUAAAGCAAUAAAUUGUUGUGUGUUCAUGUUCGGAAAAAUUAUCGAAUUUCCUUUCAAACAGGAUUUUUUUUCCAAAAUUGUUGCUUUUUUCUCAAAAUUAGGAUUUUCACUGUUUCAAAAUCAAAUAAAUAUCAAAACUUGUUUGAAACAAAUUUUUAAAAAAUCCAAUAUUCUCUUUUUUUUCUUAAAUUUCAGAAAAAUCUGAUUUUUUUUAAAUCAAUUAAGUGAAUUUCGGUAAUUUUUAUCCAAAAAUUCCCUUCAAAAAAUUCACUGUUUCAAAAAUUUGAUAUAAUUUUUUUUGAAAAAGAUUAACAAUGAAAGGUCUGCUUUUCUACCUCCAAAAAAUUCCCGAAAAUCCCCAUUUUUCGCUGCCGCGUUCCAAAUCUCAAAACCUUUAUUUUCUCCUUGGCUAAUUUGUGACACACCUGUCGUUUCAAAUUCAUUUCACAAAUCAACGAAAAGUGUCAUUUUUGGGGCCUGUUCGAAGAGAAAAAAAGAAAGAUUGAACAGUUUGAUUAGACAGUUUCGAACUCUUCGGUUUUUUAUGACACUUUUUGGGUGGGUAUUAAAGAAAAAGAUGUGGUUGAGAGAUUGGAAAAAUUGUGGAUUACUGUAGGCUGGGAAAAUUUGAAAAAAUCUGAAAAUUUAAGCUUGGAAAAGUGAAAUUUUUGAAUUUUUCUGAAAAUCUGAAUUUUUAUAGAAUUUUUCAGAAAUUUUUUGAAGAAGUUUAAAUUUUUUUUAGAAAUUCUGAAUUGUUUCAAAAAUUUUUACCUGAAAAAUUCAAUUUUCUAAAUUUUGGCGCCAAAAAUUAUGAAUUUCUUGAAUUUUGGCGCCAAAAAACUCUGAACCAGUGAAUUCUUGAAAAAUGUCAGGUCUCAAAAUUUUAACAAUUUUUAUCACCAAAAAAAUGUUUUCAAAAAAUCAUCAAAACCAUAGAAAAAACAAUUUCUUAACAGAAAAUCUGAAUUUUUAUACAAUUUUGUCAAAAAUUUUUCGAAGAAGUUUAAAUUUUUUUUUUAGAAAUUCUGAAUUGUUUCAAAAAUUUUUACCUGAAAAAUUCAAUUUUCUAAAUUUUGGCGCCGAAAUUUGAAAAAAAAAAUUUCAAAAAAUCAUCAAAACUAUAGAAAAAAACAAUUUCUUAACAGAAAAUCUUUGAAAUUUUUACAAAAAAAAAUUGAAGUUUUUCAAAAUCCCAAAAAAAUCCAAAUUUUUUUCCUUUUGCAGGCGCCAUUGUUCCAAAUGCCUACGAAUCGUCAAUUCAAGCAAUGAUUCGAUUAUGCGAUGUGAUGAACGAGGAAAUUGUUGGUGGAACUGGUGGAAUUGCUCUCUUCGUCUCUCACACUCUUCCAUAUUUGGUCUUGAAUUUCGAGAAUCCCAAUGGACUUUGUAUCGAAGUGGCUAAUGCCAUCUCAGCGGUACGGUAUUUUUUUUGGCAAUUUUGAAAAAUCCUAAAUCCCAAAAUUAAUUUCAGUAUUGCGAUGAGACUGUGAAAACACAAUCUGGAGCACCGGCUGAUCAUCCAUUUGUGCAUUUGUCUACGGUCAGUUUUUUUUUUGGAAAAUGGUUCUAAACGCCAGCAAAUUUGCAUGGAGAUCAACAAAAUUUGGGAGAUUUUUGAAACGUAAAAUUUUUGGGGUUUGGAAAAAUAUUUUUUUUUGUGAAAAAUCACUUAAAAUUACAGUUUUUUUCAAAAAAAAAAAUUGAAAAAUUAAUCAAAAAUUGAAAUUAUCUAAUUUUUCUAUUCCACUAGCUCAAAAAUUACCAGAAAGAUUAUUGAGAAAUUUUGAAACAGUGAAAAUUUUUGGGGGUUGGAAAAAUAUUUUUUUUGAAGCAGUUAGGGAAAAAUCAAUUAAAAUUACAGUUUUUUUCAAAAAAAAAAAAUUAAAAAUUAAUCAAAAAUUGAAAUUAUCGAAUUUCACUGUAGCACUAGCUCAAAAAUUACCAGAAAAAUUAUUGAGAAAUUUUGAAACGUAAAAUUUUUGGGGUUUGGAAAAAUAUUUUUUUUUAUGAAGCAGUUAGGGAAAAAUCACUUAAAAUUACAGUUUUUUCAAAAAAAAAAUUAAAAUUUAAUCAAAAAUUGAAAUUAUCGCAUUUCCCUCUUGAACUAGCUCAAAAAUUACCAGAAAGAUUAUUGAGAAAUUUUGAAACAGUGAAAAUUUUUGAAAAAAUAUUUUUUUGUGAAAAAUCACCAAAAAUUAUAGUUUUUUUCAAAAAAAAAAUUAAAAAUUAAUCAAAAAUUGAAAUUAUCGAAUUUCACUGUAGCACUAGCUCAAAAAUUACCAGAAAAAUUAUAGAGAAAUUUUGAAACAGUGAUAAUUUUUGGGGUUUGGAAAAAUAUUUUUUCUGGAUUUUUUGGGAUUAUUUUAACUUUGAAACAGUGAAUUUUUGAGAAUUCAAAAAAGUAAUUAAUAAAAUGUUCUCUUCCAGGUAAUGCGUCAAUAUUCGGUGAAAACCUUCACAAAAGACUGUGAACAAUUCAUGAAAUGUGUCCUACAAUAUAUUUGUGAUGGAUGUAUUGCUUUGAAUGCCGAUUCGAUUCUUUGUUUACUAUCGGAAAUGUUGGAACGAGGAUGGAAUUCGAUAUCUUCGCAUAUUUUGCACAUGAUCUAUUUGCUCCUACAACAUAAUCAUCAUAGUGUUUCGCCGUUGUUGAUUAAUGCGCAGGUUGGCAGGUUUUUUCUGGGAGCGGGGGAAAUUUUUUAGAAAAAUCUGCUCAAAAAUAAACAUGAUUGGGUUACUGUAGAUUUAAAGGCGCAUUUUUUGAGACCAAACAAGUUUAGGAUUACUGUAGAUUUUUGGCGCAAAAAAUCCGAAUGUUUUGAAUAUAAACAUUACUAGGUUACUGUAGAUUUGAAGACGCAUUUUUUGAGACCAAGCAAGUUUAGGAUUACUGUAGAUUUUUGGCGCAAAAAAUCUGAAUUUUUUGAAUAUAAAUAUGCCUUGGGUUAUUGUAGAUUUAGAGGGGCAUUUUUUGAGACCAAACAAAUGUAGGAUUACUGUAAUUCAUUCUUAGGUUACUGUAGAUAUUUGGCGCAAAAAAUCCGAAUUUUUUGAAUAUAAACAUGACUGUGGUUACUGUAGAUUUAAAGGCGCAUUUUUGGCACCAAACAAGUGUAGACUUACUGUAAUUCAUUCUUGGGUUACUGUGGAUUUUUGGCGAAAAAAAUCCGAAUUUUUUGAAUAUAAACAUUACUAGGUUACUGUAGAUUUAAAAGCGAAUUUUUCGAGAUCAAUCAAGUGUAGGAUUACUGUAAUUCAUUCUUGGGUUACUGUAGAUUUUUGGCGAAAAAAAUUCGAAUUUUUUACAUACAAAUAUGCCUAGAGUUACUGUACCGUAAUUUUAGAGAUUUCCGAAUAAUUUGAAUUUUUCAAAAUUCCCGGGCUUUUCUACUAGAUCAAACUACAGUAUUCUGAGCAUUUUUACACUGCGCCUUUAAAUCUACAGUACUCCUAGAUCCCUCAAAUUUUUCAAAAUACAAAAAAAAUGGCAACAUAUGUUUAUUAAUUUAUGAAUCACCUGUUCUUUUGCCGAUUUUCGUCUCGAAUUUCAAAAGAGAAAAUUUAUUGGCCAUUUUUACGAUUUUUGACACCUUUGUGUCAAUUUUGUUGAUCAUAUGGUAACAUGUGUUUUUUUGGUUCAAAAUUUGAUGGAUUUUAUGAUGGAUAUGGAAAAAUCAAUAUUUCAGAUGAAUCUGAAAUUUUUUGGCCCCUGAAAAAUUAUUAUUAUAUAUUUUUUUCUUUUUUUUUUGAUGAGAAAGGUGAUCUUGAUAAGAUUUUUCGUUUUAUAUCUCCAAAGAUACUCAAAUUGACAUAUAAAUGUCAUAAAGUUGUAUUAUUUAGAGAUUAGAAUCUUUUUGGUGACUUCCGAUAACUAGGAAGAUGAGAAUGAGGUUUUAUGGUUUUGGAAUGGGAUUUUCAGGAGAAAUUUGAAUUUUCUAUGAUAAUUUUGAACCAAUUUUUGAUGGAAAUCUGGAAUUUUCGGCUGAAAUUUGAUAAGUUUUACUGAAAAUGUCUGAAAAUUUAAGCUUAAAAAUCAGAAUUAUCUGAAUUUUUUGUUUGAAAUUAAUUAAUUAUUCAAAAAUUAUUUUAAUUUUUAUUUUUGUACUGAAAAUUUCACUGUUUUUAAAUAAAUUCCGAAUUUUCUGAAGCAUUUCAAAAAAUCCAGAAAAUUUCACUGUUUCAAAAUUUGGUUAUAUAAUUUUGCACUAUUUUUUUUCUGAUUUCAAUGUCGAAGAAAAUUUUCAGCAAAAAAAAUCCCCAAUAUUGUUUUAUUUUUUUUUUCUUCACAGGUAAUCCGAAGUGUCUCCCGUCAUCUUCAAGGAAUCCAUUGGCAAGAAGCCUCGAAAAUCUAUAAAAUAAUUGUGGAAAAAUGGAGAAAUGAGGAGAUCAGUGUGCCCGAUUUCACACUGGAUCCAUCUACAACAUCCACUCAAUCACAAACAAAUCAUCAACAUCAACGAUCUUCAGAAGACGAUGAAAAAUCGCCGAAAUUGUCGAGAAAAAGUGGCGAGAAAUCGACAGCCGAUGCGGCUAGUACAUCACUCAAAAGAAUGCCGCCGUCGCAUAUUCGAGUUCGAGAUCGACUUGUUGGAAUAUUGUCGGCUUCUGGAUUGAGGAUCGGAUUACCAUCGUCGGUUUCACUCGUUUUUUCGAAAUCUGAUUUGGGAAGUGAUGCGAGCUCGACUGAAAGGAUUUGUGCGUCAUCGCAAGAAGUUGCGUCAACUAUGUCGCUGCCAGAUCCGUCGCAAUCUGGAAUUACAGAUUCGUUUCCUAGAGUUUUUAAGGUAUGUUGAAAAGCGCUGAAAAUCCUAGAUUACUGUAGAUUUUUCUGGGUUUACUGUAGCAUUUUUGCGCCCCAAAAAUCCAAAUUUUUCGAACAUUGAUUUUUUCCUGGAAAAAAUAGGUUUCAAAAUUUUUUUUAAUGAAUUUUUGAAAUUUUGUGGAAAUAUUAAAUAUGCUAGAAAAAAGUUAAAAAAUUCUACUGUUUCAAAAAUGUUCAAAAAAAAAAUUUUAUAUACUUUUUUUUCAGCUCAAGUUCUGUAGUUUUUAUAAGCUUAAAAACACGCGGAUCUGAAAUUUCUGAAAUUUUUGUAGGAGUUGGAUUUCCUAGAGGUUUAACAUUUUUUUAUUAAAAUAGUUUUAAUUAUUUACUGUCUCGAAAUUCUGGUGGAAUUUUUGAAGAAAAAAACAUUCAAAAAUUUUUAGAAAUCUGAAUAUUUCACUGUUUCAAAAAUUUGAAAAAACAAUUUUUUUGAAUGAUUUUCAGAAGUUUCAUAAGCUUUAAUAUUUUGACCGAAAAAAUUAUUUGAAAAUAAUUUUUUUCAUUAAAAGAAUUCCCAAAAAUUCUACUGUUUCAAAAAUUUUCAAAAAAAAAAUUUUAUAAAUUUUUUUCAGCUCAAGUUUAGUGAUUUUAUAAGCUUAAAAUCAUGUGGAAUUGAAAUUUCUGAAAUUUUUGAAGUUUUUCAUCACUCUAAAUUUUAUUAAAAAUAGUUUUAACUUUUUACUGGCUCAAAAUUCUGGUGGAAUUUUUGAUCAGAAAAAAAUGAUUCAAAAAUUUUUAGAAAUCUGAAUAUUUCACUGUUUCAAAAAUUUGAAAAAAACAAUUUUUUUGAAUGAUUUUCAGAAGUUUCAUAAGUUUUAAUAUUUUGACCGAAAAAAUCUUUUCGAAAAAAAAAUUCCCUAAAAAUCCUAAAUUUUUCAGCUCAAGUUCUCUAAAAAAAUUUGCAAGCUUAAAAUCCCGCCAUCCCCAUUUUUCUUCCAGGAAUUCGAUUUCCUCGAAGCCGAACACGACAGUGUCUCCGAAACCGCCGACAGUUGUUUUGGCUGGCUUUCAACAAUGCGACCAACUCGAGAUGAUGAGACAUCGAAUUCGAAUUCAAACAAGGAACUUAGCUCGUCUUCAGAACAUCAACAAGAAUAUAAUAAAGAAGAGGAAGAGGAAGAAGAUGAGGAGGAAGAAGAUCAGGAAGAAGAUCAGGAUGAAGAGGAAGAUCGAACACCGUGUCCAAGUGAAUGUGAGGAAGAGGAGGAAGAGUUUGAGCCCCAUAUACCUGAGCGGAGAUUGAUUGGGAGACGAAAAAUUGAUCUGGAAACGUAUAUCAGGCCUGGAAGUUUGGCUGGAAGUUCGAUUGCUGAAAAUUUCAGCCAUUUAGAAGAGGAAAAUGUUUCGGUUGAUGGAAGUUCUUGUGCAUAUAGCCUAACUACAGAUUAUUAUCUGAAUUCAAAUCGCCCAAGAACUCUACGCAUUCAAUGUGGACAUCAUGUUGAUGGAAAAGUUGAGAGAGAAUUUGGAAGUGUUGUCAAUGAAUUAAAUGAGACGCAGACGCAGGAUGCGACACUGUUGGCGUAUGCAACGCUGUUGUCAACGCAACUCUAUAAGGCGUGUUGCGGAAAGACUUGCGCGUUGUUGCGCGAUGCUGCGCAUAUGCUCACGAAUCGUGGAAUGUCGCGGAGUUUUAGUGUGACCCAGGAGGUGUUGUGUAAUGUGGUGGAGAUUCCGUUCUUGUUUGUGACGGAGCAGUUUUUGAGAUGUUCGCCGAUAUCGCAGAGAAUCAAACUGGCGUUGAAUGAGUUGAGAGAGCAUUGGGAGACGUUUGUGGAGCGAAGGGAUCAGUGUCAGAAGGUUUGUGGGGGAUUUUGAAGAUUCGGAAAAUUUGACUAAAAUCUGGGUCUCGAUAGGAAAUUUUGGGUUUACCAAAGGUUGGGACUCAUUUUUACCAGAAUUUUAUGAGGAUUUUGAAAAUUUGGAAUUUUUACAAGCUACAGUAGGAUUUUCGCUUCGGGACCCUCUUCAAAUGAAAAAACCGAAAUUUUUGGCAGAUUCUGAAAAUUUGACUAAAAUCUGGGUCUUGAUAGGAAAUUUUGGGUUUUUUUUUUACAAAUUACAGUAAAAUUUUCCAAGAAUUUUGAAAAUCUGGGUCUUGACACGAAAAAAUGUGGAAUUUUUACAAGCUACAGUAGGAUUUUCGCUUUGGGACCCUCUUCAAAUGAAAAAACCGAAAUUUUUGGCAGAUUCUGAAAAUUUGACAAAAAUCUGGGUCUUGAUAGGAAAUUUUGGGUUUUUUUUUUACAAAUUACAGUAAAAUUUUGCAAGGAUUUUGAAAAUCUGGGUCUUGACACGAAAAAAUUUGGAAUUUUUACAAGCUACAGUAGGAUUUUCCCAAGUGGAACUCAUUUUCACCGGAAUUUUUUGAGGAUUUUGAAAAUUUUGGGUGGUUUUCAAGGUACAGUAGGAUUUUCCCCCCACUUGCACCUUUUUUGACCGGAAUUUUAUUAGGAUUUUGAAAAUUUGGGUUUUUCCACGAAAAAUCUACAGUAGGAUCGAGUAUCAGAGAUUCUUUUCCUGAGCUGGUCCCUGAUCUUCUAGAUCUUCUGAACUCUGAUCUUUGUCAGGUUCUUCGCCGGAUUCUUCCAGUCUUGGCUCCAGAUUCUCCCUCUGAGAUUCGAAAUUAAUUUUGGUUCAAAAAAUAAUUUUACCGGAAUCUAUGUAUAGGAAUCUUGGUCUCGACCAAGAGAAAUUUAUAAUCUACAGUAGGAUUUUCGUGGCGAGACCUAAGUAGAUUUUUUUGAAAUUCAAAAAAUUCCAAGUUGAAAAAUUUCAAAACGGAAUUUUUUUGUCUUCAUAAAAAUUUGAUCUUCCAGCUUCAGAUUCUCCCAAAUUUUAUUUUCUAAAAUUUAAAUAUUUUUCCCGGUCCCUAAUUUUUCCCCCCCAAAAAUGUUCGCAUCCGUUUUUGUUUUACCUAACCAAAAUAAGUGUGUCCAAAUGAGAUGCGAGAUAAGAAUCUUGACAAGAAUAGGAACUGUUUUGUGUAUGUGUGUAUUGUAUGUGUAAGAGAGACAAAUGUUCGGUUAGAACCUGUCACUCAACAGAAAAAAAAGAAAAUGUGAUGAGAUUUUGAGAUAACAAAAGGAGAAUGGAGAUUUAUGGAAGGCUAGGAGAGGUGAGCAAAAAAAAAUAACAUUGCUCUGAAAAAUCUGAAAAAAAACCUGAAAUUAAUUUUUCCAGGCCAUUAAUUCUCUCCGAUCAACCUAUAAACUGUCAGCACUUGGUGGAACUUUGCAAAGUUCUGCAGGCGCCGAAUUGGACGUCGGAAAAUUGCUGAACAAAUUGGUGUUCCAAGUGAUGUUGAUGAGUGACGCGUUGAAGGAUAUGGCGGAUGCGGUGAAGAAUUCGACGGGAUCGCAGGUGGGGGUUUUGAAUUUCUGGUCGAAAUUUAAGCGAAAAUUUCAGAUUUUUUGAAAAAAUUUGAGCUGAAUCGUGAAAUUUUGACUGAAAACAGCUCGAUUUUUGGGGCUUGAAAAGUUUUGGGAGUUUUUUGAAGUUUGGAGAAAAAUUAGCAUUUUCUAGAAAAUGAAAUCAUAAUUGAUAAUUUUUUGAAACGUAAAUAAUUUGGGAUUUUUUUUUGAGAAUCGGAAAUUUUUGGAAAAUUUUUUAUUGUAAAAAAAUCGCAAAAAAUUAUGUUUAGGAAGUUUUUUGAAGCUUCAGUUUUUUUUAGCCAAAAUUUUAGCUAAAUCGUGAAAUUCUGGAUUUUUGACUGAAAACAGCUCGAUUUUUGGGGCUUGAAAAGUUUUGGGAUUUUUUGAAGUUUGGAGAAAAAUUAGCAUUUUGUAGAAAAUAAAAUCGAAAUUGACAAUUUUUUGAAACGUAAAAAUUUUGGGAAUUUUUUUUGAGAACUCGGGAAUUUUUGGAAAAUUUAUUGAUUUUUUAAUUUUCUAAAAAUUAUAAGAUAGGGUCGGUUUCAACUGGAAUUUCAGCAUUAUCUGAAAAAUUGAGCAAAAAAAUUAAUAUUUUUCAAAUGAUGCUGAGAUUAUAUUAUCAAUUUUUCAACUAUAAAAAGCUUGAAGUCAUUUUUUUGAAACGUAAAAAUUUUGGGAAUUUUUUUGUUGAGAAAUUGAGAUUUUUUGGAAAUUUCUUAUAGUAAAAAAAAUCACGGCGAAAUUAUGUUUAAGAAGUUUUUAAGCUGAAAAUAUUCAGAUUUUUUUCUAAAAUUUGAGCUGAAUCGUGAAAUUCUGGGUUUUUGACUGAAAACAGCUUGAUUUUUGGGGCUUGAAAAGUUUUGGGAUUUUUUGAAGUCCGGAGAGAAUUAAGGGUUUUUUAAAAAUCCCAACAAAAUUCUGUUUAAGAAGUUUUUAAGCUGAAAAUCUCUAUUUCAACUGGAAAUUCAGAAUUAUCUGAAAAUUGUGAAAAAUCUUUUUUUUCAAUGAAUAUUCAAAAUUCAAAAUUGAUUUUGAAUAAAAACAAAAUUGAAGUCAUUUUUUUGAAACGUAAAAAUUUUGGGGAUUUUUUUGAGGAUGUGAAAUUUUUGGAAAAUUUCUUAUUCGCAGCGAAAUUAUGUUUAAGAAGUUUUUGAAGCUGAAAAUCUCUAUUUGAACUGGAAUUUCAGCAUUAUCUGAAAAAUUGGGAGAAAUCUUUUUUUCCAAUGAAUAUUAAAAUUUCAAAAUUGAUCUUGAAUAAAAACAAAAUUGAAGUCAUUUUUUUGAAACGUAAAAAUUUUGGGAUUUUUUUUUGAAAAUUUGAGAUUUUUUGGAAAAUUUCUUAUUGUAAAAAAAUCACCGGGAAAUUAUGUUUAGGAAGUUUUUAAGCUGAAAAUAUUCAGAUUUUUGCUAAAAUUUGAGCUGAGUCAUGAAUUUCUGGAUUUUAGACUGAUUUCAUCAUUUUCUAGAAAAUAAAAUAGAAAAUUGACAAUUUUUUGAAACAUAAAAAUUGUGGGAUUUUUUUUUUUGAAAAUUUGAGAUUCUUUGGAAAAUUUAUUGAUUUUUAAUUUUCUAAAAAUUGUAAGAUAGGGUCGGUUUGAACUGGAAUUUCAGCAUUAUCUGAAAAAUUGAGCAAAAAAUUAAUAUUUUUCAAAUGAUGCUGAGAUUAUAUUAUCAAUUUUUCAACUAUAAAAAGCUUGAAGUCAUUUUUUUGAAACGUAAAAAUUUUGGGAAUUUUUUUGUUGAGAAUUUGAGAUUUUUUGGAAAAUUUCUUAUUCACAGCGAAAUUCUGUUUAAAGACACACAAUCGACUAGAAAUGAACAGAAAACGAGUUUGUUAUUCUUUCAUAACACCUUUCAAGUAAUCGAAAUUCAUAAAAAUCAAGAAAAAAUUUUGAGUCUGGCAAAAGUGAAAAAAACAAAAUAAUUGUUUUUGAAAUCGCUCAGCCGACGGGAUUUUCGAAAGUGUGUGCACACAACGAAGCAAUAGAGCGCACAUGCUGUUUUUAUCAUUUGAAAAUAAAUGCGGGAAAUCUGUUUUUUCCAGUGGCUGAUGUGUCUUUAAGAAGUUUUUAAGCUAAAAAUCUCUAUUUGAACUGGAAUUUCAGCAUUAUCUGAAAAAUUGGGAGAAAUCUUUUUUUCCAAUGAAUAUUAAAAUUUCAAAAUUGAUUUUGAAUAAAAACAAAAUUGAAGUCAUCUUUUUGAAACGUAAAAAAUUUGGGAUUUUUUUUUGAAAAUUUGAGAUUUUUUGGAAAAUGUCUUAUUCACAGCGAAAUUAUGUUCAAGAAUUUUUUGAAUUUCAGAUUUUUCUGAAAUUUUGAGAAACUUUAAUCUGAGCAAUCCCAAAAUUUCAAAAAAUUGAUGAAAUUUUUCAAAAUUCCUAGAAAAUCCCCCGCGAUUUUCGUGCAUUUUGCAUUUUCACCUGCUCUUCCUUCCUUUUUUCAUUUUUCAUCCCAAUUUACUCGUAUUUCACUAAUCCGAAUCUGGGAUUACGGUAGCUUUUUCUUCUUCAUUUUCCGAUUUUCUCGCUUAUUUUGUGUCAGUUUUGUUUGGAGUUAAUCGAGCGAACUGAAAUUAGAAGAGAGAAUUUAUGAAUGUGAAUGUUUUGUUGUUGAUUUUCACCACACUUGAAUGGAUUCAGAUGUGUGAUGUUGGGAAAAUUGAGAAAUUGUGGAAGUUGUGGCUGGAAUUUACAAUCUUCUGAUGAUUUCUUUGAAGUUCUACAAAAGCUCUGAUUUUUUCCAACCAAAUUUUGAUCUGAAAUUGAUUUAGACCUGAAUUUUUCCGAUCUUUUAGAGUUUAUCUAAGAAGAUCUAGAGUGACUUCAAAUGGAACAUCAGAUUUUUUGGGUUCUGGUAGAUCAGGAAACUUGAAGUUUAGCUAUAUUCCGAAGCUAUCCAUGAUUUUUUCUAGAAUUUUCCGAUCUUCUGAAGAACUCCUAGAACUUUGGCUUAUCAUAUUCUGAUUGUCUUGAUUCUGAAAAUCAGAAGUUUGUGCUGGAAAAACUGAAAAUCCACGAUUUUUUCUUGAUUUUUCCGAUCUUCUGAAGAACUCCUAGAACUUUGGCUUAUCAUAUUCGGAUUGUUUUGAAUCUGAAAAUCAGAAGUUUCUACUGAAUAGCCUAGAAUUCCAUCCUCAGCUUUCUGAUCUUCUAAAGACUUCUGAUAAUUUGGUGAUCUGAAAAUCAGAAGUUCCUUUUGAUUUUCCGAUCUUCAACCCCCCGUUUUCCCUCUCCAACUUUUGCUCUAAUUAUUCCUACCGUAAUCCUGUUGUUGUUGUCACAUUUCUCAUUCUACUCCUUUUCUCUUUACAUAUAUAUAUAUAUAUCCUAAAUAUGCAUUUUUACUUGUUCCGUUCUAUAAUGUGGUAUGUGGUAUGUGUGUGUGAUCUGUCAACACUAAAAAAAGUCAUCAAUCAUUUCCAAGCCGCCUCUCCGCCUCAUAACUACUCUGCUUUUCUUUUCUUUCUUUUCCACCCGCUUCGGGCAAUUAUGACGGGGGGAAAAGUUGAAAAGCGCAAUUUGUCAAGUUAUUAUUAUUUUUGGGAGUUGUCAGAAAUUUGGCACACACGCGCAGAUCUGUCGCAUUUCUGUCCUGACUUGUCGUGUUUGUACUUUUUGCGGAGGAUUACGGUAGGGCGGGGGGUUCCGGUGACUUGCGUUUUUGAUUGAUGGUGUAAUUGAAGGCGUGGGGAGAUCUGAGAAACUUGAAGAGUAGCUAUGCCUGAACCGCUGGAACUUGGGAGCUCAGGAUCUUUAGGGUUCUGUUUGGUAGAUCUGAGAAGUUCAGAUGCAUUUGCUGUUUCAAGCGGGAAAUGGGAAGUUCUGAAUUCUUAAGCUUAAUGUUGAUUUCAUCAUCUGAGGGUCAAUAUUUCCAGGCUGGAAAUUCUCUGAGGAAUGGUGUUUAGCUAGUUUUGAAGCACUGGAAAAUUAGAGCUCAGGUUCUUCUGGUCCAGAAGUUCUAGAUGCUUGGUCUGAAACAUCUGAAGUUGUACAGUCUUUAAAAAGGUUCAUAGGGAGAAGUCAAAGAUCUCAGACGACUCCAACUCAAACAUCAGAAGCUUCGAAAUCUCAAGAAUCUGAUCUGGUAGAUCUGACAAAAUUUUCUGAAGAUCUGGAGAUUUAGAGAUUCCUAAUCCAUUUUGAAGCCUAGGAGUCAUCUUGAUAAUAAACUUUUAAAUCUUUUUGUGAGCGAUUUUGUAGAUCUGAGAAGUUCUGCUAUAAUUGAAGCCUGAAAUCAACUUACUGAUUUUUCGAGGGUAUCUCUAGUGGACCUGACAAAAUUUUCUGUAAUUUUGGUAAUUCGAAGACCCCACCGAUUUGCUUUUUCAGAUGGAACAUUGGAUGUUCCGAAUUCUUCAGAUAGAUGUUGAUUUGAAGAUCUGAAGUUUGAGGCUCUCUUAAGAAAACUUUCUCUGAAGAAAAUAUUUUGCGGAACCAUUUUGAAGCCUCGGUGUCAUCUUGAUUAUGAACUUAUAAAUCUUUUAACAAAUAAUUCAUCAAACUAUUUAUUCAACAUGAAUCCCUCAUCCAACAAUUAAUCCCAUGGUUUAAUUAACCGCCGUUGCAUUUUUGCCACAUAAAACCAUCGAAACUGGAUCAUCAAAACUGAAGAAAACUUUGUUUGAAAUUAUGCACCAAACUAUCAAUCAUGACUUACUCGGUUGAAUACAAUAUACUAUAAGGUAUGUUAUCUAAUACCUCGUACCAAACAUGGAUAGACCUCCGCUCGGCUCUGUAUGAUGGAUCAUCACCCCAAUCAAUAGUUGUGUUAGUGAAUGUUGGAUCUGUCCAUGUAUAUGAUUUUGGAAAAAUACAUUCAUUUGUUUCAUUUUCUUCACAUUCCGUUUUGAAUAGUCCAUCAAUCAGUACAAAUUGAGGAUUGAGGUCGAGUGAGUCUAAUAUUGUCGAAGUUGAAAAAUGUGGCAGUCGUAAAAAAUAUUACUUUGUCAGUCGCGUGCGGCUGUGCGUCGCGGUCGGGAAACAAAGGAAACAAUGGAUUAUUGAUUGUUUUUCGACACGACUGCCACAUUUUUCAACUUCGACAAUAUGAAAGGAUUUUCAAAAAUCAAAAAUAUAUUUAUCAAAGUUAGUUGAGCAGCGAUAGAAAAAGGAAAAUGUUGUUUUUGAGUUUUUCACUCAACUUCUAGGUUUUCUUUUUUUUGAAAUGGGAAUAUCCGCCCAACUUCCUUUAAGAAUCUUGAAACUUACUUCCAACAAGGCUUAUCUCAUUCAUAUUCUCCACUCCCGAUAGUGUCGCAUCCUUUGUUUUGCAAUAUGCUAACCCAGUAGCAUAUUUGAAUCCCAAAUUUGUUGUAUCUAUGAAAACUGACAUGCACCAAUACCCCAAUUUUCUCGACAACAAUUUCCAUCCUAUUUCACAACCAUAAGGUGUCCAAACUCCAUCCGAAUAGUCCAAAAUAUAGUCAUUGUAGUAAAAUGUAACAUUUGGUGAGAUCGGACAAUCUGUGGAAUUUGUUUUAAAAGCCACCUGCAUUCCUGAAGUUUCCGUUGAACUUUGGAUAGUUUUCACGGUGUUGCAAGUGUAACAAGUUUCAUUAACCAAGUGGGCAACCUAUGAUAGAAUUAUGGUCUAAAAGAAAAGGAUGUAUAAUAAAUUACCGUGCAAUUAUCAUCAUUGUAACAUUCAGUGAAACAAUCAUCAGAUUGGAUUUCUGUACAAUUAUUGAGAUUCGAAGGUUUUCCCCAAAUUGCUAUCAUGUUUGAAGUGAUGAUUUUUGGAGAAAAUAGGAGAACCAGGAGAGUUAGGAUGUUCAUAGUGUAUUUUUCUGAAUAAAUGAGAAAUUUUGUGGUUGCAUGGGGAAACUACAAAUUCCAAUUUGAUUUUAUGGAAUUGUAUGUAUGUACAAUUUUUUUCUUGUUCAUCCCACGGAAGGAAAAAUUUGAACAUCUAUAUUUUCGAUCUUGAAAAUCUCAAGAUCCACAGAUGUUUUUUUGUAGAUCUGAGAAGUUUUCGAGAGAUUUGGUAGAUGAAAUCAAACUUCUGAUUUUUUCAAAGUUUUUCUCGAUUUUCUGAAAAUCCGAAACUUGGAAAUCUAGAAGUUCUCCAGAAGUUUUUGAUUUGAAAUCUCAACUUUCCUUGUUCCAUCACUUGGUCAGGUUCUCAUCCCCGAACUGAUUCAGAUCUGAAAGAUCUACGAUCAAAGUUCUGAAGUCCGAAGAUCAGGCUGAUUUUCUAGUUGAUCUCUGAUGUGACAUUUUGAAGUUCUGAGGUUCUCCUUGAUCUUCCUAGAAUUUUCCGAAGGCGAGCAAACCUACAGUACUCCCUACACCUCCUCCCACACAUUUCAUUUUUUUUUUCAAAAAAUGUUGUCUCUCUCCUCCAACACACCGUGCACGCGCGCGACACAAAGGCGAUAUUAUUUAUUACAACAGCUGUGAAAACAGUAUAUACAUAUAUCUGACGGAGGUCUUGUUAAACACUUGUUUCCUUUUUUGGAGGAAAAAGAAUUAGAUGGAUUACUGUAGGGGAGGGGAGUGUAAUUAUUAUAUUAUUAUGAACACCUGUUGAAAAAGGAGGAUGAGCUUUUUAUGAUGAUUUAUGAUUGGGGAGAGAGGAUUUUUGAAUUGAAAGGGGCAGGUGGAAGUGUGGAGAAUGAGUUAUGGGAACUUGAGAGGUUCAGUAGAUUAUGUAGAAUCUAGAUUCGGAGAUUCUGGAGUUCAACUAACUUCUUUGAAUUUUCUGAGAGUUUUGGAAGGAUCUGAGCUUCAUGCUAAAUUUUUUUGGUGAAUUUCUGGAGAUUGUCUGACUCUCCUAGAAUCGUGUGAUCUCUGAAGUUCUGAGAAAUUGAGUUUUAAAGUUCUGGAAUUGAUCAAAAGCUAACUUCAGUUGAAUUUAAGCUAACUUCAGCUGAAUUUAAGCUAACUUCAGCUGAAUUUAAGCUAACUUCAGCAGAAUUUAAGCUAACUUCAGCUGAAUUUAAGCUAACUUCAGCUGAAUUCUUGAUUUUCAUGAAUUUUGUCGAGUUCUAAAAAUUUGAAAGGAUUUUUUUUUUGAUUUUUGGAAGUUUCGGAAAUUCCUGCUGGAUUCUCAGUGGUAAAUUGUUCGAAUUAACCUAACUAUUCUAGAUUUGUCUGAUCUAGAUUUCGAGGUUCCAAAAGUUUCAGCAGUUAGGAUAACUUCAACAGAUGUUUUUUAUCGAUUUUCAUGAAUUUUCUCACAUUUUUGGAUUUUGAAAGGUUCUGAAAGUGGUCCAAGUUGGACAAACUUCAGCUGAAUUUUAUCCUUGAUUUUUAUGAAUUUUGUCAAGUUCUAAAAAUUUGGAAGGAUCCUAGCUUCAUCCUAUAUUUUCAUCAUGAUUAUUCCGAGAUAGCCUAACUCUUCUAGAUUUAUCUGAUCUCUGAACUAGGAAUUCUGAAAGAUUGUGUUCUCUAGUUCUGAAAGUGGUCUAAGAUGGGCUAACUUCAGUAGAACUUUCUUACUCGAUUUUUUUCGAAAUUGAACUUUUCGAUCUAAGAUUUUGCUUUCCAGAGUCUCAUGGUUUUGACUUUUGAUCUUAGGUUUCGAUUUUUUGAAGUUUCCGAUACUAAUCUUUGCUCUUCACUUGAACUUCGAGAUUCCAAGAUCUCUGAUAGUUUUCUACAGUGAAAUUGGAAGAUCCCCAAAAAUUUCGAAGCAUUCUCCUUCUUUUUUCGUUUCCUCACACCAAUUAUUAUUAUAAUACAGUCUUUCGCCUUUUCUUCCAACCUAAUCCGUCAAUUCGCGCACCCUUCUCUUUUUAUUUUUCUUUUUCUUCUUUUUCCUCUCGUCGCAUGCAUGACUAUAAAAAGAAGAAGAAAGAAGAACAAUUAAGACAGGGUGACAGCAAAAAUAAGGAUGAUCUGAUAAUUGGAAUGAAACCUAAGAGGAGCAUUUUUUCGAAAUACGCAAAAAAGGUGUUCAAGGUUAAUAGUAAGAUCGUAAAUUGGGUUUUGGGGGGAAUUUGGAAGAUUUGGUUUUGAAAAAUGAGUUUUGAGGAAUCUUAUUCUUGAUCUAGAAGGUUUGGUGGGAGAUCAGGAAUUCUGAGAUCUAGAAUUUCUAGUUGGGAAGAUCUGAUCUCGAAGAAUGAGUUCUAGGGAACCUUAUUUUUAACCUAGAAUGUCUGGUGGAAGAUUAGGCAUUCUGAGAUCUAGAACUUCUAGUUUGGAAGAUCUGGUAGAAGAUCAGGAAUUCAGAGAUCUAGAACUUCUAGUUUGGAAGAUCUGAAAUUAACAUUUGAAUUAUUGAAAGCUUUGAAGCUUAGAAGUUGAACCUUGAAGUUUAUUAACGAAUCUAACAAUCAGAUCUCAGAGCUUCUAAGUUCUCAAUUUCGAAGUUCCGAUACUGAAUUCGGAAUUUGCAAAUUUUUGAAUCUGGAAUUUUCAGAUUUUCAGGUUUAAUCUUAAAAAAAAAUAUAUUUCAAAUAGAAUUCUGAAACCCCAUUUUUGAAUCUCCAAAUCUAAAGCCUGAAUCUUGAAUUUCAAAUCUUGAACUUUUGGAUUUUUUUCUCAAAUUUCAAUUUUGGAAUUCUGAAUUUUUUAUCCUGAAUUCUGAAAGCUUCUGAAAUCAAAAAUUUUUUCCAGACCUACUCGCUCUCACCAGCCAUCAUGGAACAUCAUCGCGAACUUCUGAUGUGUUCAUCCAGCGACACUGAUCUCACGGCAACAACUUCAUCGAAUUCGAAUAUAAUGGGUGGCGGAGGUGGAGGAGAUGGCAGCGAUGCGCAGUUGGAUUCGCACGGCGAUUCGCGUUCGCAACACUCUUGCGACUCGCUGGUGUUGUUGUUGGCGAAUAAACGAUAUUCGCAGGCGUUGAGGAUUGUGAGGCAGUUGAGGUGAGUUGAGAGACGCAAGCUUCCGCGAACGCGGAAAGCCUUUCCGGAAGGGUUUUGGGUUGAAGAUGAGCAUUUUUUGAAAGUUCAUGGUUUUGUUCAGAAGAUUUUCAAAUUUCCGAUUUUCCUGAUUAGAAAAGCCUAAAUUUAAGGUCCUAAAUUGGAAAAGAGAGGCCCCUAGAUUCCGAAGAUCUCUAGAUUCUGAAGCUCCGCAGUUUCUAAAGGUUCCUAGAUCCUGAAGCCCCCCAGUUUCCGAGGGUUCCUAGAUUCUGAAGAUCCCAAGAUUCUGAAGCUCCCUUGAUUCUGAAGCUCCGCAGAUUCUGAAGAUGUCUAGAUUCUGGAAACCCCUAGAUUCCGAAGGUCCCAAGAUUUUGAAGAUCUCUAGAUUCUGAAGGUCUCCAGUUUCCGAAGGUCCUUAGUUUCCGAAGAUCUUUAGAUCCUGAAGAUCCUUAGAUUCUGAAGGUCCACAGAUUCUGAAGAUCUCUAGAUUCUGAAGAUCUAUAGAUUCUGAAGGUCCACAGAUUCCGAAGGUCCUUAGAUUCCGAAGGUCCCCAGUUUCCGAAGGUCCCUAGAUUCCGAAGAUCUUUAGAUUCUAAAGGUCCCUAGAUCCGGAAGCUCCCCAGUUUCCGAAGGUUCCUAGAUUCUGAAGAUCUAUAGAUUCUUAAGGUCCCCAGAUUCUGAAGAUCUCUAGAUCCUGAAGAUCUCUAGAUUCUGAAGCUCUCCAGAUUCUGAAGAUCCCAAGAUUCUGAAGAUCUCUAGAUUCUGAAGAUCUAUAGAUUCUAAAGCUCUGCAGAUUCCGAAGGUCCCUAGAUUCCGAAGAUCUUUAGAUUCUGAAGCUCCGCAGUUUCUAAAGGUUCCUAGAUCCUGAAGCCCCCCAGUUUCCGAAGGUUCCUAGAUACUAACUCUCUAGAUUCUGAAGCUCCCUUGAUUCUGAAGAUGUCUAGAUUCUGGAAACCCCUAGAUUCCGAAGGUCCCAAGAUUUUGAAGAUCUCUAGAUACUAAAGCUCCUCAGAUUCUGAUAGACUAGAUUCUAAAGGUCCCUAGAUGUUCUAUGAUUCUUGUCAAAACAUUCUAGAUUUUCUGGAAUUUUCUAAAAAUUAUUCCGAAAUUCAGAUGUUUUCCAAUAGAAUCCUGAUCUUCCCAGUUCCCCCCAAUAAUUAUAAUCUAAUAAGUAGUAAUGCAAAAGGUUAAUAUUAAUAUCAUCAAUUUUGUCAUCAGCCGCAACAUCGAUGUGAUAUUUGUAUGUAAAAGGAUUAGGGGGGAGCGAGUAAAUAUUCCCCUUUUUCCCUUUUUUCCACCACCACCCAUCAAUUCUUCUUCUUCUUCUUAUUAAAUAAACACUUGUAGUAGUAGUAGUACUGAUUGACAAGAAGAUGAUGUCUUUUUCUCUUUCUGUCUUUCUGUCGGUCACAUCUUACAGUACUCCUCGUCUUUUUUUUGGUGGUGUUUAUUCAACCCCGUGUUGUUGUUUUUCGUUAUCUGAUUGACCUGAGCAAGGAGAAUGGGAGGAGCUGCAUUUUUUCAUCUGAAAAUUGAGGGUUGCUCCAACGAUGCUCCGGGAUUACGCGCUGGUUUUUUAUCGGAAUCUAUUGAUGGUCCAAAAUUGUUGCACAAAUUUGGUGAAUCUGGAAGUUUAGAGCAUUUUUCAAGUGGAUUCGGAUUUUCCAACGAUGCUACGGGAUUACGCUGUUAGAGAUUUAAAAUUGGCUGGUCUGAGGGUUUUGUCAAACAACACUCCGGGAUUACGCGGGGACACUUCCUUCUGUAGAUCCGAGCUGGACGUUUUUUUCAAAACAACACUCCGUGGUUACGCAACUGAUUUCAGUUUUCAAGUCUUGAAUCUGGAAUUUUGUAUCUUUAUCGAUUUUUGAUUCUCAAACGACGCUCCGUGGGAUUUUCUGAGUUUUUUGGCAGUUUCAAACGACACUCCGUGAUUACGCUGUACUUUGCUUGAAACUUUGUUCCGAAAAUCGUUAAUCUGAAGAUUUUUUCAAACGAUGCUCCGCUUUGACGCCUAGCUUUUUCGCACAGAUUUUCGCACAGAGCUCUCAAACAUCCAAUCGGAACACAUUUGAUUUUCAAAUGUUCAAAUCACUUCAGUCUCGCUUUUUUCUUAGUUUUCCCAAUAUUUUCGCCCUCUUGAAAAAGUGUGCUUUUGUGUUGCUCUUUUCCCGUUGUCGCUUGCUCACUUGCUUCAAAUUCUCAAACACAGCCACUCAAAACCAACACAAAGUCGUGUCAUUUUUCGCACAGUAUCCAAUUUUCUCUCAUCUUUUUUCUCGUGUUGAAGCUUGUUGAAAAUGUGUGAUCAGCGCAAGACGACUACUGUAUGUGUGUCAAUAACCAGGAGGUGCAUACAGUAAUCGAGAAGACUUUCUCUCGCCGCGUGUCAAAAUUCGCUCCUCGCCCGCCUGCUCCUUUUCUAGUUUUUAUUUGUCAAACGCAGAUUUUUUUCCUCCCAAACACAACGAGAAAAUUUUGUCACUAUCAUCAUCACGGUGUGUAUUUUUUCACUAGUGUUUGACGAGCAAAAGAGCAGCAGGCACCAGAUUAAUUUGUUGUUUUUAGGAGGCUGUGUGUUAUUUCGGGACACGCUUGGUGAUAUAAUCUUAUGUGUACAAAUUAGGCGGAAGGGUACUGUAGGUGAACGAACAUUGCUCAUGUUUAAAAAAAUUUGAUAUAGUAAAUUGGAGCCCUGAAUCGUCGUUACACUUCUAAGCAAAUCUGAUUUCCUUUUCAAACGAUGCUCCGCGUUUACACCUAGUUUUCUUUGGCUUCAAAAAUUCAAUGGAUCUUCUGAUUCAGUUUAGGUUGCUCGAAGUUUUGUGAUGUUUCCCCGAUUUAGCCGAAUUUUCCUCCGAGUUUCUGAAAUUUAUAGAACUUCUAUUUCACCGGAGAAAAUUUCGUGAUUGAUUUUGAAACUGCGUAAAUGCGGAGUGUCGUUUGACAGCUUCUAGAUCUUCUAGAUUCUAUUGUUCUUCGAAAUCCCCGCUCUUCCAAAAAAUACGUUUCAAAAAUCGACCAGAUUCUGAGAAUCCCUGGGAAAAUCGAUUCACAUUUGUCUAUUUUUCGCUGUAGCCAGGAGGGCAGUCAAUUUUCGAAUAAUCAUAAAAAAAUGGUGUGUGCCGGUCAUAAAAUGAGUAAUAAUCCCGUCUCUUCUCUUUUUCGCUAUGAAAUUGCAAAAAAAUAGUACAAUCGGAUGUGUAUUUUUAACCAGGAGGACAGGUGAAAAAACCCUUGAAGAUGAAUUUUUUUUUUGGUUUGGUAUUUAUGAAAAUAUAUAAAUAAUGGCGCCAGAAUGGCCGAAGAUGAUUGAGAUAAUUGUUUUUUGCUGACGAAAACGGAAAAUCUGACGGAAGAGGUCAGAUUUAUUGCUAUUGGUGGAUUUUUGGCUACCUUUUUUUUGCUUUUUUUUUGGUGAAUGAGACUACGAUGCUCCGCUUUGACACCUUGAAAAUUGGAGGGUUUUGAAUGUCAAACGAUGCUCCGGAAUUACGUCUGGAAGAACUGAAUUUGUAGGGUUCACUACGAUGCUCCGCUUUGACACCUUGAAAACCUUGAAGUUUGAGGAUUUUUAGAUUUUUGAAUGUCAAACGAUGCUCCGGAAUUACAGAUAGAAGUUCUGAGUUCUGAAAUCAGGAGUUGAAGAAUUGAACGAAGCUCCGUCUUUACACCUAGACUUUGUGAUCUUCUGAGAUUUUUGAAGUUGGCUACGAUGCUCCGGAAUUACAUUCAGGAUUUUGACCUUCGGUUUGGAAUUCAGAGGGGUUUUGAACGAUGCUCCGGCUUUACACAUAGCUUAUCCGAUAGUAUUCUGAAAUCCCCUCUCCAAAAAAAUUGGAAAAUUUAAUCCUAAAUUUUUUACGUUUCAAAAAAUUAUGAAAUAUUAAAAAUGAAAUUUUUUUUUGAUAUUUGAAUAUUUUGUAAAAAAUCACAAAAUCCAUUAUUUUUUGCAGAAAUUCGUACGGCGAAGAAUAUGGAUGUUGUGAAACUGUCGACAUCGAUGUUCUUCUUCUCUUAUUCUGCCGAAGUCAUUCGCUAAAAGCGUGGGCUCAAGUUGGCGCAUCUCCCGAAGAAAUCAAUAAACAAAGUGAAUUGUUGCGAGAGGCGAAUGCCGAAAUGGCGAGUUGUGUGAGAAGAUCACAGCAGCAACAACAAACAUCGAGUAUUGUGAUUUUGUCUGGAACAAAUACGACGACUGCAAGUAUUUCCGAUUCUUUUGCACAAAUUGAUAAUUAG